GACGUCACCCCAGGAAGCGGCAAAAUAGUGCCUUCAACGGGACAAAUUUAAGUCGAUUAGACUACCUUAUAUUUUCAUUUAAUUCCUUCGUUUGACAGAACGUAAUACAGUUAUCAACUCGAACAGAUAUAUUGAAUUUCAGGACCAAAUAUUAUCUUUUCUUUGAGGUUUUCGAUCUUUACCGUUAGUGCGUUAUCACCACAAUGCCGAGAGGAGGCAAGAAGGGACAUAAAGGCCGCGGGAAGCAGUUUAGCAACCCCGAAGAGAUUGAUCGACAGAUGAAGGCUCAGAGGGAAUUGGAGGAGAAGGAGAAAGAGGGAGCUGACCAUGAAAGUUCAUCUGGGUCUGAAGAGGAGAGCAGCAGUGAUGAAGAGCCACAUAAAAGGAAGGGUGUAGAGGGAUUAAUUGAAAUCGAAAAUCCGAAUCGGGUCUCCCAAAAGAGCAAGAAAGUUGCUGAAGUAGAUGUCAAUGCACCUAAAGAGCUCUCACGUCGAGAGAGGGAAGAGAUCGAAAAGCAGGCGGCUAAGGAGCGUUAUAUGAAACUGCAUCUGGAGGGCAAGACGGAUCAAGCCAGGGCAGACCUUGCCAGACUGGCCAUUAUUAAAAAGCAGAGAGAGGAUGCAGCAAGAAAGAGAGACGAGCUGAGGAAAGAAAAAGAAGCAGAGGAGGCUAAGAUGAAACGCUAGCCCAACAUCCAUCCUGCAGGACAGGGCUUUUUAGGGGGGUGGGGGGAUGCUUAUACAUUUCGUCCUUCUGCCUAUUAAAGGUUGGAAGGGAAUUUGGACAUUUAUAGGACGCGUAAUCAGGAGUGGAUGUAUGGUAUUAAAGCUUUUUUCAACACCACCAAGCUUUCCUCAUCCCUCUGACACAUUCACUGUGCUCAGGCUUUGAAGCUGCUGGAGUUUAUUCUUAAUUUCCGUUGUCGCCAUUACAUUAGAUAGGUAAGGUUAUUGGUGUACUGACAUGGGUGCUUUUGUUCUAAUAGGAAGGAUUUGACACACAGAAGAAUGUGUAUAACUGCAUCUGUGGAGUAGGUUAUAAUGCAAAACCGUGAAACACUAGCCAGGCAUUUAGCAUGUAUUUAAUGUCAUUAUGUCAAGUCUUAAAUCGUGUCCACCUUUUUGCCUAAUUUUGUUUAAGUGUAAAACAAUCCAGCUGUUCGAUUCAAAGGUUAUUGGUAGUUUUUUGUAUGUCACUUGUGUAAUCAGGGCAUGUUGGUUGUGACCUACAUCUGCAGGUUGCAUCCACAUUUAAAUGUUUUUAAAUGCAGAAGCAAUGCAAAAUAAUGCACAGAAAAAGCAACAAUAUCAAUACGCCAGUAUUAUAAUGGCUGCGUCAGCACACCUGACUGUGUUUUGCUUUGUUUUGUAAACUUUAUAAUGCCCCCUUACUCACAGGUUGCACAUUUUUCUUUAAAUGAGACGAUUAUUUUUGUCAUUACCAGACCCACUGGUGUGUCCUCGCAGUGUUUUAUGCGUUAGCCUAACUUGCCUUGACUAUUUAGGAAAGCAAUAUUACCUUGAUGAUUUUGUUGGUGCAACAUUUUCUUUAGCUCUUAAACAAUUAAAUACAAAGUGUUUUAACAUUUGAAAAGCAUUUACCAGGAACGAAACAAUUAUUUACAUGGGUUAUUAAUAGGAAAUCUAGUAAGUUGUUUGUUUGAAAUUGUUGUAUACAAAUAAAAACAUUGAUGAAAUAAA